UUUCGUCGCUAGGAUUCGCGUUGUGCGACCAUGUGCUUAGCUAUGGUGUUGCGAAUGUUUACACUGGGAAGAAAUGGUUAUUUUAGUUUUUAAAAUGAUAAUUUCUGACUUUUUAAACGUGUUUCGCUAAUUAAGUUAAAGAAAUGAGUUUAUUACCGAAAAGUAUAUCGAACUUUUCUAAAGAAGAUUACUGGAAUAAAUUUUUUACGAAACGAGGAAAUCGAGCUUUUGAAUGGUAUGGAGAAUAUCCACAGCUUUGUGGUCUUUUACAUAAGUACAUUCGUCCAAAAGACAAGCUAUUAAACAUUGGAUGUGGAAAUUCACAGUUAAGUGUGGACCUGUAUGAUGUUGGUUUUCACAAUAAUGUUAAUAUUGACAUUAGUAGCAUUGUUAUCAAACAGAUGAAUGACAAGCACGUUCCUGGCAGGAAAGGUCUAGAAUUCAAAAAAAUGGAUAUGCUUCAGAUGACAUUUGAUGAUGAAGAAUUUAGUGUUGUAUUGGAUAAAGGAACUUUGGAUGCAUUAUUGAGCGAAGACACUGAAGAAGUUAACAGACGAGCUGAAGCAAUGUUUUCUGAAAUUAAGAGAGUUUUGAGACCUUGUGGCCGUUACAUUUGUGUUUCUCUUCUUCAAGAUUUUAUAUUAAAGAAAAUGUUGAAUUGGUUCACAAAUGAGGGCUGGAUGAUUCGCAUUCACAAGUGUACAGAAAUUGAACGUGAUCCCGAGGAACCGAAUUCAGCUUAUGCAUUUCCAACAUUUUUUGUUAUUUGCACUAAAAUGAAAUCAUCUAAAACAAUGAAAUCACUAAUUGAAUUAGAUAUGGAUGGAGAGCUGAUUCGAGUAGAAACUAGUGAUGAAGUUCUUAAAAGUAUUAAAGCUAUGCAAGAAUAUACACUAUAUUUGCAUUAUAUACAAAAUAAAAAUUUGAAUACAAAAUCGACAAUAUAUUCUGAAGUACCAUUCAUGUCUGUUGGUCCGGAUAUCGGACAUAGAACGAUUUGUUAUAAUGGUAAAAGUGAACUAAGUGGAGAGUACAUUAUUGAAGAUGUUCAGGGUGAAGGAAAACAGACUUUUCGGAGACUCGUGUUUCUUCAGAAUCAAUAUGUGAUUCAGUCGGAAGCACGAUUAACCAUCGAAAUAGUAAAGAAAAAUAAGAAGACAAAGAAAGGUAAAGUCACGAAGAAUAUUGAUUUCAAUUAUUUAUCAUGUCAACACCACAUUUACAUGUUUUCUGGUUUAUCAUUUCUUUCGUCUCAAAUUACUGAAAAAAUUCGUGUUUUAAUGGUUGGAUUAGGAGGAGGUUUAUUGCCUAUGUUCAUGACAAGCCACAUAAAACAGAUUUAUAUAGAUGUUGUCGAAUUAGAUGAAGAAAUUUUAAAAAUUGCAGUCGAGUGGUUUGGAUUAGAACUAAGUGAAAAGCUGAAAGUUCAUAUUGCUGAUGGAAUAGACUUUAUUAAUAACUGUGCCCAGAGAGAAGAAAAAUAUGACAUAGUGAUGUUAGAUGUUGAUAACAAGGAUACCAGUGCUGGUAUAAGUUGUCCACCAUUAUCUUUUGUUCAAGAACAUUUCCUACAACAAAUCAGGAAAUUGAUUGAUUCAAAAGGAAUUUUAAUUUUGAAUUUGGCUUGUCGUAAUCAGCAAAUUAAAAAGAAUGUGUAUUCGAAUCUUUCUUCAAUAUUUAAUGUAAUGUUUUCAAAAUCCAUUGCCGAAGAAGUUAAUGAAGUGGUAUAUGCCAUCUCGAGUCGAUUGGAAGCCAAAAAUAUUUCCAAGUGUGCAGAAAAGACAUUGUCAGAACUAAUUCGCCAAUUAGGGACUUCUGUUCAAGAAGAUAUCAUCGAUAUGGUUGAAUUUUUCAAAGGAUUGACAAUUGUUAAGUAAUGAAGAAGAAAGUAAGCCAUCAUUGUACAUUGUGGAGUAGAAAUUAAAUAUUUAAACAUC